AUGGCCACGCUCUUCUACGAGCCCUCCACGCGCACGCGCCUCUCCUUCGAGGCCGCUAUGCGGAGGCUCGGCGGGGAGGUGCUCACCACUGAGAACGCGCGCGAGUUCUCUUCCGCCGCCAAGGGGGAGACACUCGAAGAUACCAUAAGAACCGUUGAGGGUUAUUCUGAUAUUAUUGUUCUGAGACAUUUUGAAAGUGGAGCCGCAAGGAGAGCAGCGGAUACUGCGAAUAUUCCUGUUAUUAAUGCAGGUGAUGGGCCAGGGCAACAUCCAACCCAGGCUCUGUUGGAUGUGUACACAAUAAAGAGAGAAAUUGGCACACUAGAUGGGAUAAAACUUGGUUUGGUUGGUGACCUUGCUAAUGGGAGGACAGUUCGUUCUCUGGCUUACUUGAUUGCUAAGUACCAGAACAUUAAGAUAUACUUUGUAUCUCCAGAUGUUGUUAAAAUGAAGGAUGACAUCAAGGACUACUUAAAUUCCAAAGGUGUUGAAUGGGAAGAAAGUUCAGAUUUGUUGGAGGUGGCUUCCAAGUGUGAUGUUAUUUAUCAAACACGUAUUCAAAAAGAAAGAUUUGGUGAGAGGAUUGAUCUUUAUGAAGCUGCUCGUGGUAAGUACAUUGUGGAUAAGAAGGUCUUAGAUGUGCUGCCAAAGCAUGCUGUGAUCAUGCAUCCCCUUCCAAGGCUUGAUGAGGUCACGGUAGAAGUCGAUAGUGAUCCAAGAGCUGCAUAUUUUAGGCAGGCUAAAAAUGGCCUCUACAUAAGGAUGGCAUUGCUCAAACUUCUGCUUGUUGGUAAUAAAAGUCUGGAUCCAUGUGAGAAUGCAGCAUUAUUUUGCAUGGCCAAUGUUCAUGUACAAAUCCUUGUUCAUGUGACGUGA